AGUUACAAUUUGGAAAAUGUAUGAAAGGGAGACAAUGGAAACAAUAUUUCUUUCAAAUUGAAUAUAUUUAAUUAUUUGGAAUUAUUUCUUUACGAUGCAUCGCGAUGAUGCUGUUAACCAGUUUUGUUAUUUGUGUCUGCUCUGAAAGUUGUAAAUUCAAAAUUUCUUGAAUUUAACUCGUACGAAGAUUUACCUGGUAUGCCAGAAUGUAAUCUUAAUGAAGUAACUUGGCAUCCACAUCCUUAUUCAUGUACAAGAUAUAUCCUUUGCUUCUAUGGAAAUCCUAUAGAACGAUUGUGUGCUCCAAAUCUUCAUUUUAGCAGAUUUAUGCUUCAUUGUACUUUUCCUCAACUUGCACUAUGCGAUUUCAACUAUGCGUGCCCUGACGUUGACGAUGAACAAAAUCCUGUUUAUCUUCCAGAUCCUGAUGAUUGCUCAAAAUAUUUUGUUUGCUUCAGAGGAAGCCCCAUUGCAAGAGAUUGUGCAGAAAACCUUUGGUUUGACGUCAUCUAUAAUUGGUGUACUAUCGCAGAUGAAGUCAUUUGUGAUAGCCGAGUUCCAAACAAUCCAAAUGUUCCUACAGAUCCACCAACGACAACACCUGUUCCUACAGAUCCACCAACAACAACACCUGCCCCUACAGAUCCACCAACAACAACAACAACACCUGCCCCUACAGAUCCACCACCAACAACAACAACACAAAAUCCGAAUACUUAUGAUUGCCCUGUAUCAGAUGUGCCUACAUUCCAUCCACACUCACGAGACUGUCGUUUAUAUUUCAUUUGUGUUAACGGUGUCGCUUUUUUGAGAGAAUGUGCAAACAGAAUGUGGUUUGAUAUUACAGAAAGGAGUUGUCUUCCUGAUGAUAUAGCAGUAUGCAUAUCAGGGACAAUGCUGAAUCCUGAGGGUUCAAGUAUGGGAAUUAUAAACUACAGUGAACAAUUUUCCUGCCCACUUCAAUCAGCAAUAGGAGUAAACUUUUAUCCACACGAUUCAAACUGCAAAAAGUAUUAUGCAUGUCAGACAGGAAUUGCUUUCCUACAUGAAUGUCCAGAAAAUCAAUUUUAUGACGUUUACAGUCAUGAGUGUGUUGAAGAAACAAUUGCCACAUGUAUCAAUGACUUAUAAUAAAUGACAAUAAACGAAACUUAUAUGUACCUCA